GCGGUACGAAAUGUACUCCAGUUACUUGAUUUGACGAAUAAACGCGCGAGGGGGGCAUCACGUGACUUGACGGACACCGGAAGUGCAGUUUGUGUUUCGGAAGUGUGUCCACGAUCCGGUCCGGUGUGUUACAACUACUCCUUGAAAUGGGCGCAGUGGGGAAAUAUCUAAAUAAAACGGAACAGUUCCUAAUUAUAAGGACUUAUAUUUGAGUAGAUAUGUAUUCUUGUCGAAAGAGGACACCGAACAUGGAUAAUCAAAAUACAGAGGUAAGUUAAAUCACACAGCAUCCAAAGGUGUCACGAUUACCUCACUAGCUAUUGAUAGCGAAGUUCUUUCUUUUGGGAAAGUUACAGUCGCAGCUAAACUGCAGUUGCGAAAAAUAUAUGAAUAGAUUUUUAAAAAUAAAAAUACAAAUGGGUGAAAUGUUAUUUGGAAACAGAUUUUUUUCCUUUGUAAGGUGUAUCAUCUAUCCUCAUAUGAGUAACUUAAGCUAAUCUCGUUUUCUUGUUACCUCCUGAAACCGUAAGCAGUAUUAAUUUAGGUAGUUUUGUAACAUUAAUUUAGAUAAAUCCAUCAUCAAGCCUAAACAAGGUAUUUAUAUAACGUUAUAUUUCUCAGAAUGGCUGUUGAAGGGUUUUUUUAUUUUAUUUUUUUAUCCCCGAUGGAAUACUGUAUUUGGGUUACGGACUGUAGCAGUGAUGUUGUUUUUAUUGGUUUAUUCUAUUGUGUAACUUUUGAAGUAGGUAUUGUUCCUUCUGUAAUGAAUAUUGAAUAUACUGUAGCAAUAAAAAUAUUUCUACGCCAGAAUGUUUUGUUCAGUUAUUGAUGAAGUAGUGAAGUUUGGUCAAGAUUAUAAAAUGAAAAUAAUGUUAUACUUUUAAGCUGUUGUUGAAUCGCCGAAAAUAGAUUUUCAUCUUGUUGAGUCAGAAAAUUACAAUGUAGUAUGUUUAUUUUUUACGUUUAUUUAUUAGGGUUAUUCUAUAGGUAUCACAAAAGUAACUCAUUGACAGUCUCAGCUAAGAAAAUUCUUGCAUAUCAACACAUCUGUGCACUCUAUGCAUAUGCAAACACUUAGCUAUCCACUAGUUUCUGACCACUGGACAUUUACCUUAGCAGCACUUAAAUCCAAGUUGCCUUUACAGCCAUAUGCUUGUGUUGUAUUACACUGCACAAGAAAGGUUUUGCUUCUUGAACACUGUUGCUGUUCCUUAUAGAUUUUUGGCUGCUGAUAACGAAAAUCACAUCCAAAUCUGCCCAGCACGUACCAUCUUAUCGAAAUCUUCAGUUUUAUCAUGUGUUUUUCCUCAUAUAUGUGUCCAAAAUUAUUAAUUUCUUUAAGAGACCUAUCAACAGUGUUUUGUACAGUCUGAGAUUCAGGACAGGUUGGAAACUGUUCUGUGGAAGUUUUUAGCCUGGGCAUGCCUGGACAGGCCGGAGCCAGCUUGACACUGCCUAAGCAGGCUAUAAAAGUGGCUUGCAUACACAGAUGCUGCUCAUUGGGUUAAUAUAGAACUGAUAGUGUGUAUGUAUUGUUUCAGAAUAUAGCAUUACCUCAGUAGCAAUGUAACAAGUAAGGUAGAUGCUAUAGACAUUUGUAGGACAAUUGGUUUCGGUCCAUAAGUCUCGUCUGUGUCUUAACAGCCACAAUAAAUUCUGCUACAUUUGUUGCGAAUAUGCGCUUGCACCUCACACAUGCUCAAUAACUGCUCUUGUGAAGAAAGGAUAUCACCUGUACAGCUGUAAAAUCAGUGAUCAAGACAAGUAAUGGGCGCCUCACAUUUGUUGUGCGACAUGUGCUGUCUGUCUGAGACCCUGCCAGAUGAAGAAUCUGCAAUGCAGGGAACUGGCAGGGACAUUGAUCCAGAUUUUGAACCGUGCUCAUCCGGUGAUCCACAUCUCAUAACACAGUGAGAUUUAGUCUGGACUGUGUUGAAGAGAGUGGCCUCAGCAUUUCAGGUUUUUCCGAUGAGAUCUUGUUGAACAUUCUCACGCAUGUGCCCAGUCAUGAUCUGGUACUCAGCGUGGGCAGAGUCUGUAAAAAGAUGAAGACACUGAGUCUUGACAAGAGUCUCACUAACCAUGUUCGACUUUCCAAAGAAUAUCUGGCCAGCGAUGAUGCUGUUAAGCAAGUAGUGAAAGAGCUGGCUGGUGACAUCCAGACCUUAAGUAUGAGUGGCUGCUACUGGCUGUCUGGGGCGACCAUUGACCAGUUAACCAAGUGCAAAAGUCUGGUCAAGCUGGAUCUGUCAGGUUGUCGACUCACCUCGCUGAGACUCUCAAAGAUCCUGUCUAUGCUCCGGGGCCUGCGAUCCUUGGCCAUUGAUAUAGACAAUGGUUUUGACCUGAAUCAGCUAAGCAGUGAGAGCAAGGCCACCCUGAGCCGGGUCAAUGAGCUCAAGCAGACCCUGUACACACCCUCCUAUGGUGUGGUCCCCUGCUGUACUAACCUGGAGAGACUUCUGUUAUACUUUGAAAUCCACGAUGUCACUCGAGAGGGCUCCACUGUUUGCUGUCAGCUGAUGGUGGGGCAGAGCAGCAUACCACACUACCAGAACCUACAGGUGUUCUAUGCUCGGCUGGCUCCUGGUGAGGUCAACCAGACCCUCAUGAACCUGUACCUGGCUGUCUUCAGUGUCCGUGUCCCUGAGCACCUGCGGGUUUUUAUCAUCUCUGUUCCUGGGAAUAACCCGGGCCAUUGGCCCGCUGCCCGGAGCCUUCUAGAAGGCAUGGCCAGGAACGGCGCUCUGGAAGCCCUGCAACUGCCGAAGACCUGGGUGGAGCACUCCUCCCUCAAGUGCAUCCUUAAGCACAGCGUGCCCUCUCACCUGAACUUCAGCCGCUGUUCCGUGUUCGGGAGCCACCUUAUCCACAGCAUCCUCAGCAACGUCCAGGAUCUCCAGCAGCUGGUCAGCCUAAACCUCAGUGGCUGCAUCCAGGGGCUCUUCUUAGACUGUACGUGGAAGGCUGAUGAACAGAUAGACAGCUGUGCCAUGGAGUCGCUGGUGAGCGCUUGUCCCAACAUCAAACACCUCAACCUGUCUGCGGCGCACUACCACGGCACACCUGGCUCAGAGGAGCACCUCUGCACCAUCCUGGCCAGGCUGAGGAGUCUGCGCUCCCUGGCGCUGCCUGUGUGCGCAGUCUCGGAUGGUGCGAAGACCUCUGAGCAGGUGGUGCAAGACAAUGUGGCUCCACUCUCCAGCUCCCUCAUGCUGGGUCUCAAGAAGACUGCCCGUGUUGGCCUGCAGACCUAUAGGGUCAACUCGGAGCCUAGGGCCAGUGAAUCCAGCUCCGCCUUCCGGGCCCUGCUGGAGGGAAGCCCCUUCCUUGAAGAGCUGGAGCUCAUAGGGUCGAACUUUUCUUCUGCCAUGCCCCGCAAUGAGCCGGCCAUCCGCAAAGAGCAGGCGGCUUGCAGUCUGGCGGGACAGAUCGGAGACUCGGAGGUGGCGGUGGUGGGUAGGCUGCUCUUCCUGCGCAGGCUGACCUUGGCGCAGCUUCCAGGCAUGAUCAAGGGAACUGGCCUGCUGGAGGUGGCCAUGAAAUGUCGGGACCUGCAAGCGCUCUCCCUAGCCAACCUGGGAGUCCUGAAGAACAUGACCUACAUGCCAUCCCUCAUUGAAGCACUACCUUACUGCAAACAGCUGAGAGACUUAAGACUCGAGCAGCCCUACAUCAAUGCCAACGCCCGCUUCUUCCAGGCGCUGAGCCAGUGUCGCGCCCUGCGUCGGCUCUGCAUCAUCUCACGCAACGGCACCUUCCAGGCAGACGCCGUCGUGUCCUUCAUGGAGAGCUGCCCCGACGUUGUCGUGUGUCACAUGUUCAUGGGUGGGACCCUGGUGGCCUGUCGGAAUCUUCAAAAAACCCUUCAGGACAGGUUUUCGGCGGAGCGUCCCGCGCUCAACGUCGUCAUCUACCCCUUGCUGCAUGAAGACCUGGCUCUAAUCAUCAGAGAGAUGCCCCUCCUGCACCUGGACGAGAUCACGCUGUUCAAGAGCCGCGUGGCUGAGGAUCCGCCGUACCUGUGGUGGUAGUUGUCGCUGCUUGUCCCUCGUCUCCAUUUGUCAGCACAAAGGAGUGAUUUCAAGGGACUUAACCACCAGCUGACGAUGUGCUCCAACCUCAAAGUCAAAAUGCUCAAGUGAGAUUCUGCAUAGGAAUUGUUCAGGAAAAGGGGCAAACCCUUGCAAAUCUCUGUAUAAAUCAGUUAUUUAAAGUGUAUUUAGUGUAGUCUUAAGUUCUGCAAGCUCUGACCCCAUUUUCAGACACACUCUACCCUACUCUCUUUCCCUGUUUGAAGUCUCUAUUUGAGUAGUUGUGUCACCUUUGGAUUUCCAUCUGUGAUAUUGUCAGCUCUUUGACGGUGAUGUUUACAGUGUGGCCCAAUCACAGUUAAAUGACCCAGUUUUAGGAUCGUACCCCCCAGUGCUUUUCCUUGCAGAGGAGAUAGAGAGCUCCUGCUGACUGUGAAUUUGUGCUGCCAGUCUGGUCUCUGCGGAGGUCUGCUAUUACAGUCUCAUUACUUCUCAUCCUCUGGCCCGGGCACGUCAGAGUCAUCUUGAAAGGGCCGUGACUGAGGGGAAAGUAAGGACCUUUCCUGAUCAGAGCUGCCACCUUUUGAUUUCUCCCCCACAGCAAAUGUAACCGAUUGUCGAUUUUUCUAUUGAGCAGCUGUAAUGCCUGAAUAGCAACCUAAUGGUGGAAGGGAGGGAGGGGAAAAAAAUAUGUUGAGAUUCCAUUUGCUCCCAUUCCGUCUUCUCUCAGCUGGUGCUCUUUUGCAAUCAUGGAGGACUUUAUAAGCUAUAGAUGAUCAUAGACUCUGCUAAUGUCACGGCAAUCACCAGGCCCUCAGAAUAUUUCCUCGCAUGGAGCUGGAGAUCCCUUUCUCUCUUUGAUUUUACUUUUACCUUGCACAUUAAUGCCUGUGGAUUGAAGCACUUUUCAGGUCCUUGGCAUGAGUUUUCUGUGUUUCGUCCUACUGCUCUGUACCCAUGGUUUUCAGUCAGUGCCAAUGUAAAACUUCUGAAGCUCGUGUAACACAGCAAAUGCCAGCAAAUCAGCAGCUUGUGUCGGGCAAUAGAAACGUACCUGGAUGCAUGAUAAGGAUUGUGGCGCGUCACUCUUGCUCACGAAUGGCUCGGCGUUGAGUCCCCUUUGGGAAGCACGCUGUCAUAUUCUGACUAUGUUUAGUGCAGUAUAUGGGUCUGCCGUCAAAGUGAAGCAAACGUGUCUGUCUCUUUGAGAAUCUUCCUUGUGGGAGUUGAGAAAGGAAAGGAGAAAGAGCCUAAUCCAGUGAGGCUGAAUCCAUCAUGCUGUGAGUUUAAUUAACUGCUUCAGUGAUCGGAUCCAUUUUUUUCCAAAAUGUACUAUCCUCUUGGUCUUAGCACUUCAAACAGCUAUUAUUUCUGUUGAUUUUCUGAUUUUGACUGUUGAACAUCUGUGUUCUUGCAGUGUGCUGAAUGAAUGGACGGAUGACUAGAUUUUCAGACGUACUCUGUUUCAUGAAUUCUUUUCUGACCGUAUGGAGUUUUGUUAUAUGGCAUUGCAUAGUUAUUGGAUGAAUGGAGAUGUGUGUGUAAUAUGUGAAAAUAUGACAAUCACUAUUUUAAUUUAAUUUUUUUUUACUAAAUUUCCCAGUGGGGAAUUUUUUAUUUCACUGUACGUAUGUAGCACUGUUAGUCAAAAUAAAUUUGUUUGUGGUUUAAUUUUUGAAACCGUUAUCCACGUACUUCUAAUGUACACCAAGCCGUUUGCUUCAAAAUUCUUCACACACCAGCAUCACUUAAAUAUGUGAUGGCAUGUUUUCAGAAAUGUUUUAAUGUGGCACAUAAAGAUUAGAUGUUUCUAUCC